UGCAGUUUCAACAAACCUCUCAUCCACUCUGAGCUUGUUUUUCUGGGACAUGGGCGAACAAAACAAAACACUAUCCCGUCCCAUUUUCCGCCGGGAUGUCAGCUGGGAACCGUUCCCAAACUGGACGCAGCCGAGCCGCAUCUGCAUGCAGGAUUUUGGCCUCCCUCCUUUCCUGGAGCCCGGCGACGUGGACUGGAUAGACUGGGCGAAGAGAAGGCUGGCCACGUUCUCCUGGCCCGACUACACACAGACUCCACUGCUGCCUCCGCUCGGAGGUCAAGCAAAGGGCCCGAGACCACUGACGAGCGGGGUGUCGGAGGUCCGCACGGGGACGGACAGCUGGAAGAUUGACCUGGACGUCAACCACUUCUCCCCUGAAGAGAUCACAAUCACGACCAAGGAGGGCUACCUGCAGAUAUCAGGAAAUCAUGAAGAAAAGCAAGAUCAGCAUGGAUCGGUUUCAAGAUGCUUCAACAGGAAAUACAAGCUGCCACAGGGGGUGGACCUGCAGCACAUCAGCUCGUCCCUGUCUGGCGAUGGAGUCCUGUCGGUGGAGGCUCCCGUUCCCGGGACGUCCGUCAGCGAGCCGCCCAGUGAGCUCGUCAUACCAGUUCAGAUCCAACAGAGGCAGGAUGGAGACCAGUGAGACCAGCCAGUAGAACGAGAUGUAGCUCAAGUUGUGCGUAGCGAACCUAAGUAGCACUGAAGUAAAAGUUUGUUACAGCUUAGUACAGGUGAUCUAUAUGAGAUACUAUCUGCUUCUAUAAUGCACCAUCACCACUACAGUAACAACUAAAUGCAAACUCAUCAAUGUAAAAAAAAAGUAACAGAUUUUGAGUCUUAGCAUGACGGCAUUUUCUAAUUGAACAUGUGUAUUAGUGAUUUAUGUAUUUCCAGUGUUGCCAUGUCCUCUACAGGGCAGAAGAGCUGAAUAUAGAAAUGACUUGGUUUGAGUUUUAAUUUGCUUUCAAGGCAGAGAAACACUGGAAAAUCUGCAGUUUUUAAAUUUUGAUUUUAAUAUAAUUUUCAACUGUAUUAAACAGCUCCUUCAAUAAGAAUAAUAAAGAAUGUAUGUUUCUCCUUGCAUUGCAGAUGCAUCUAUUAGCAUAUAAAAGAUUUGAAGGAACCAGUUUAUUCUGAUUUAUUUCAUCCGUUGCUCACCAACAGUAUUCAUAGAGGUAAAUGGUCGACUGAAGGUAAACCACUGAAUCCCUUUUUACCACGUAUUUCCUCUAUAUGAGAAGUUCAAUUGAGAUUGUAAUCAGUUGAUAGAGAUUUAUCACAAGAAAAAUAAACAAUAAGCUUCAUCCCUGAGAGACACAGAGUUAGUCUGACAAAGACCGAGUCAUUCAAAAGUGAACAGUGACAUCUAGUGUUUGGAGUAUUAUAUGAUAGAAGUUAUUGUUCAGUCGUUUUCAGACAUGACAAGCCGAUCAAGUGUCCUUAAGUGACAUCAGAGGGAUUAAUGUACUAAUUGAAAUAAUUAUUUA